AGAGGGAGAACAGUGAGGGAGGGAAAGAGGAGAGAGGCGGAUGAGAGGGGUGAGGUAGGGAGAGAGAGUGAGAGAAACGCAGACGCAGAGAUGGGGAUCAGAGAGGGAGAACCGAGCCGGCGCUGAGGAACCCCAGGACCGUGAAAGGGUGGUGACGCGGUACCGCUAUAAAACACGCGGACCCCGCCCCCCCCACGCCGCUCCACCUCCCUCGCCCCUCUCCCACAGCACCAUGUUCUGCUUCUGCCUGCAGGGCUCUCUGCUCCAGCUGCAGGCUCUGGAGGAGGAGGCGUGUCCCUCUGCUGGAACCCGCCACGAGGACGCGGGCCAGACCACCAGCUCGACCGCCAACCAGACCACCUGCCAGACCACCGGCCCGACCGCCAACCAGACUGCCAGCCAGACCACCGGCCCGACCGCCAGCCAGACCACCAGUCAAACUGCCAACCAGAUCACCAGUCAAACCGCCAACCAGACCACCAACCAGACCACCAGCCAGACCACCGGCCAGACCGCCAACCAGACUGCCAGCCAGACCGCCGACCAGACCACCAACCAGACCACCAGUCAAACCGCCAACCAGACCACCAGCCCGACCGCCAGUCAAACUGCCAACCAGAUCACCGGCCAGACCACCAACCAGACCACCGGCCAGACACCCUCCACCCCAGAGACAGGGCUGGAUCCUGACCCCAGUGUCACGGCCCCCGAUGGGGGGGCCCAGGGGUCCCCGGGACCCAGCCCCCUCCUGCUCCACAUCGCCAACUGCGCCAGCCCCCUCCCCUCCCCCCGCUGCCCCCACCUCAGCCGGAGCCAGCGUUUCCAGAGCGACCCCGAGACCGCACCCUCGCCCCCCUGCUCGCAGCCCUUCAUCAAGGCUCGCCCCAUUGGCCGGACCCAGUUUCCGGAAGGUUCCGCAGACACGCUUUCCACCGCUCUGCUCACAAAACACAUCCAGGGCCUGAAGAGGAAGAUCAGACAGUUUGAGGAGCAGUUCGAGCGGGAGAGGAACUACAGGCCAUCACACAAUGACAAAACCGCCCACCCAGAGAUGUUCCAGCUGAUGGGUGACCUGGCAAAGUCUCGGAAACAGCUCAGAGACCUGAGACUGAAACAGGAGCAGGUGAGGGAUCAGAAGACGGAAGAGCCUGCUGAUGUCUGCAGGUACGGCGGUGACCUGCAGGGGGCGCCAGCACAGAGCCAGAGGCCCUCCCUGGAGGACACAGUGGAAGCGCUACUGAAGAGGCUGAGGGAGAAGCGGCGGGCGCUUGGUCUCCCUGACAACGUGAAGGAAAUGACCAAAAAGCAGAUGGCCCUGGAGAAGAUAACUCUGCAGAAGUGUUUACUGUACUUUGAGAGCCUGCACGGUCGUCCGGGCACCAGGCAGGAGAGGAACCUGAUGAAGCCGCUGUAUGACAGAUACCGCACCAUCAAACAACUCCUGUGUGCAGCGUCCGCCAUUACCACCAUUACUGCCAUAGCAGAAGAGGACGGCUCCGAUGAUGACAGCACACAGGGCGGGUCCUUGCCCUCCUGCGCCGCGAUACGCCUGCAGCGCCUGGACGAGUGGGCGGGUCCGCAGGAGGAGGACAGCGACGCCACCUUCGUGUCCCCGCUGGACGAGGCGAAAGCCGUCAGGCUGCCCGCGAUCACCGUGUCCAACCUCCACGAGGCGUCCAGGUUGGAGCUACUGCACUGCCUUCGGGAGACAAGGGUAGAGAAGAAGAAACUACGCAAGGGGCUGAGAGAAUUUGAGGAGCAGUUCUACAGACAGGUGGGCAGGACUGCACAAAAAGAUGACCGAAUUCCAAUGGCAGAGGAAUACCAGGAAUACAAACAUCUAAAAGCUAAACUCCGAUUACUGGAAGCUCUGCUAAGCAAACAGGAGACUCCAAAGUUCAUCUGAGAGAAAGGCUUCUGUUCUUAGAAUUUUCAUUUCAGUUUCAUUCCGGACAUUCUAAUGCCACACUCAUGCCCUGACGCACUUUAUGAACAUUCACCUCGGUUGGCAAAAAGAAUAGAAGCCAAGCUAUCCAGUUGUUGCUAGGCAACAAAAUUCAAACAUCUCUUGUUGUUCCAGACAAAGAUGCAACGUUCAACAUGAAGCCUAAUGUACCCAUAAAAAUUCUAGUUUUAUUCGGGUGAAAAAUAAACCAAUCUUUGAAACAUCUGCAGAUCUAAUAUAUGGCACCUUGCCUUUUUAAAAAAAAAACAAAAUAGGAUAUAAUAUAUAAACACACACAUACAUGCCCAUAAUGAAAGAUAUUAGUUAAACUGGCUCUGAUUUCAACAGCCGCAUAUAUUGACAGAGAAACUGUAAAAAAAAAAAAAAAAA